AUUCUAUAUCUGCAUAAUGGGUCGCUUAUCGAGAUAGUCCUUUUAGUCCUUUCCAUGAUUUGCAACAGAAUCAUUCCUCUGUAUGCUCCAGACACCCUACACCUCUCCAUGACUACAGCUUACCCUGUCGGUGGGGCAAGGGGUCUGGACGUGGGCCUGUGCACUGCCCAAAUCCAUGGCUGCAAUUUGCAGACUCUAAUUAAAGCAGUUUUGGUGCCUGCUUGCCUAAAUUUCCAGCCACUGACGGCUCUCUCAUUCGCAGACUAGUGCACUCCCAGGUUCCCUCGUGUCCAUAAUUGGUGAGGCUGACUCCAUUUUCAGGGUCUUGCCGAGCCUCAAUACGAGAUGGUGCUUGCUUUUGAACCCCC